UUAUUUUCUUCUAUCACACAAACAACUACAACCACAGGCUGCAAAGAUACUUUCGCCACCGAUUUUGCCUUCACUACUGCCUCAGUCCCACCAUCGUCCUCAGAGCAAAUAACAAAAAAAUGUCCUCAAGUACUGACACCUUGGUACCCAUCCAAAACCAAACCCUGGCCGAUACUCCCCAAGGAGGUAGUAGGGGGCGAGGUAGAGGAACCAGAGGAGGUAGGAGUAGGAGUAGGAAUGAGAAUAGGGUCGAUAGUACGCUAGAUGGUGGAUCUCGCGGGGGUAGAAGGGGAUGGAGAAAUGGAAGAAUUGGACGUCAGCCCCCUCGAGCAUCGGAUCAACCAGUUGACAGACAAAUCCAAGCGGAUCUUAUUCGAGCUUCAAUGACAGCCAGAGGGGAGAUUAGGCCGGAUGCGGACGAUGCUGCUUCAGACCCAGAUUCCUCUGUUUGCUUUAUCUGUGCGGACCCGGUGCAGUUUUCUUCCAUCGCACCUUGUAACCAUGUUACAUGCCACAUAUGUGCACUUCGGAUGAGGGCGUUGUAUAAGAACAAAGCGUGUGCUCAUUGCAGGACCGAAUCGGAAUGGGUCAUUUUCUCCAAUACAGAUAGCAAAAGGUUUCAGGAAUUCAAAGACGAGGAAAUCAUUGAUAGGAACGACGCUCUGGGAGUGAAAUUCGAGAACCAGACUAUUCUAGACGAGACAACAUUGCUAUUGCGUUACAAUUGCCCCGAUCCCAGCUGUGACCGCGCCUGUCGAGGAUGGCCAGACCUCUACUAUCACGUCAGGGUGGCACACAGCCGUGUUUUAUGUGACCUCUGCUCCCGGAGCAAGAAAGUUUUUACCCACGAACAUACACUUUUCACCGCGCAAGAGCUCCGCAAGCACGAACGUGUCGGAGACGACCAACCCGGCAGCGAGAACCAAAGCGGUUUUAAAGGCCAUCCGGAGUGCGCCUUCUGUCGUCAGCGUUUUUACUCUUCGGACGAACUCUAUGUGCAUUGCAGGGAGAAACACGAACGCUGCUUUCUCUGUGAUCGCACAAAUCCCAGCACCCAGCAGCAAUAUUACGCCGAUUAUGAUUCGUUAGUAGUCCACUUCAGUAACGAUCAUUUUAUGUGCGGGGAGCAGGGGUGUCUGGAUAAAAAGUUCGUCGUGUUUGACAGUGAGAUGGACCUAAAAGCUCACCAACUUGAAGUCCACCCCAGCCUGUUAUCGAAAGGCGCACUACGAGAUGCAAGGAGAAUAGAUAUGAGAACACUGGAAGACAGGUCCCACCACAGCCAAAACCGCCGAGAUGGGGGCGGCGGCCAUGGUCGCGGUAGUGGUAGAGUGGAAAUGGAGGAGCCAAUCCGGACAGAGCAACAAAUGAGCCGAGCGGAAUUAGCAUACUAUAGAACCCUCGCGGUCCAGGGCGCUCAAUCUACCACUCCGAGAAUAUUCGGCGGACAAUUGACCGAACCACCACCCGUGAUUAGGCCUUCUGCGCAAGCAACUGCGAGAGCCCCGGCGCAACCACCUUCAAGUAUCACUCGACCUUCUGCCCAGGCUGAUGGAAUGAGUGUGUCCACACCGCCACCUAGACCACCGCCUCGGCCGGCUGACACCUCCACUGCGGAAGCUGCGUUCCCGCCAUUGGCCGCUCCUAGAGCGCAGGCGGAACCCUCCCCCGGUAUGGGCGGGCCGAUAACUGGCGAUAAUCGGAGGGUUCACCAUGGUGCGGUAAUAGAGCGCGCAAACACUAUGCUCCGCUACAACCAGUCCAAGUUCGACUCCUUCAAAGGCCAUGUGAGUUCCUAUCGUCAGGACAAAAUCUCUGCAGGAGAGCUCGUCGAACUGUUCUGGUCUCUCUUUGACGUCAAAGCCCCGGACCUUGGAAAACUGAUCAAAGAACUUGCAGACCUCUAUGAUGACGAAGGAAAAAAGCAAGGCCUCCUAAAAGCAUGGAAUAACUGGAAGGCGAUUAACGAAGACUACCCCCCCUUCGCCGGUGCCUCAUCCGGCAUCUCUUCCUCCGACCCAACCCAACCCUCCUCCUCCUGCGUCUUGAAAUUAAAAUCAUCAACUUCCCAUUCAGCUCGUAGCACCACCGCUCGCCAGGGCGCCUGGGGCUCGGCGGCCGCGGCUCCUCCUCCCCCCCUUCCAUCACAAUUGCAAUCUACCUCCCGGACCCCACCCCUCUCAGUGAACCGCUCUGGCCCGGGCGCACACGCGCCAACACCAUGGGUCGCUCCUUCCGGCCCCCCUACAGCCUCCUCCUCCACUAUCCAAAGCAACAUAUCCACGACUAGAAGGGAGGACUUCCCCUCUUUGCCAACCAAGCCCCCACCACCGCCUGGUUGGGGGCCCAUUAAGCGGCGGGAACAUGGUGCACCGGCGCCCACGGUUGACCCUUGGGGAAGAAGUGCUGGGACUGGGAGCGGAGUUGGGUUUGCGGAGGUUAGUGAUGUGGAGGGGAAUGGAAGUGGGGGCGGGGGGAGGAAGAAGAAGGGGAAACAGAAGGAGGUCCUUUUUCGGGUUGGUUUGUGAUAUAUCUAGCGGAUAAAAAAGCGCUUUAUGAUUUACCGCUCUUAUUAACGAAGUCUGUUUUUAUAAUAACUGAUUACUGCCCUGUAUAUUAUAUAAAUUACUGGCUGAUUUCUGCUA